GCUCCACAAUAUCGACUGGACGUGUGCCAUGGGCGAGCUGCCUGCCGGGUACCGCUUCUACCCUACGGAGGAGGAGCUGGUGCGCUUCUACCUCCGGCACAUGCUCGACGGCCGCCGCCGCGGCGACAUCGAGCGCGUCAUCCCCGUCGCCGACGUCUGCUCCCUCGACCCCUGGCAGCUCCCAGAGGUGCACCGGGGAGCGUGUGCAGGGCACGGGGAGCCGUGGUUCUACUUCUGCGCGCGGCAGGACCGGGAGGCACGGGGCGGGCGGCCCAGCCGCACGACGCCGUCAGGCUACUGGAAGGCGGCGGGCACGCCAGGGUUGGUCUACUCCGCCGAUGGCCGCCCCGUCGGGACCAAGAAGACCAUGGUGUUCUACCGCGGCCGCGCACCGGCCGGAGCCAAGACCAAGUGGAAGAUGAACGAGUACAGGGCCUUCGACGACGACGGUGCUGAUGCCGCCGCUCGGCUCCAGGUGAGGAGCGAGUUCAGCUUGUGCCGGCUGUACACAAGGUCAGGCAGCUUGCGGCAGUUCGACCGCCGGCCGUGCACUGCCGCCGCCGGAGGAUGCCGCUCUGAGGACCCGGCGUCGUCGUCCGCCGCGCUUGCGUCGCCCAAUCAGGAUGUUGAAGUGGGAAAGGGUCAGAAGAGGAAAAGGCAUGCAGCCAACGACGUCCCGUCGUCCAGCGACGCCUACCGCUCCGUGCAGCAGCAGCAGAAGCAGGGAGGCGCCGAUGAGGAGCUCGCCGACGGCAUGACCGACUGGGCAGAGCUCUUUGACUGGGUCUAACACAUGGAUGAUGAAGCUCUUAAACAAGAUUUGAUUCAUUAAAGAUUCAUUUAGAAAAAUAAACACAGAUUUGCACUAAAGCUUUAGAUGAGCUACUUAAUUCUUUAUUUCUUUAAAAAAAAUGCCGUCACCAUGAUGCCAUUUCUACGUACGUACUAUCAUUUCCCCUGUGGAAUUUAACAAUGCAGCGGGGCGUUUUGGCUCUCAGGUCCAGGUGAACCCGAAAUCUGAGCCGCCCAGGCAAGCAUCGAGAUCUGUUCUGCAGGUCACUGUCAAAGGAAUACAUGAAUUCAAAACGAUGUAUACGCUGCAGGCCACAGUGUACGUACUGACAGUUCCCGACGGGGGAGCGGACGGACGUUGGCUCUGUUAAGGGCUUACUCUGGACCUGUACCUGGUCACGUGGUACAGAUAUUUUGUUUGGACGCCCUCAUGUCAGCCAUCCCCAUAUGUCAGGUGAAAGUAAUGAAGGAUGACGGAUAGAAAUAUUGAUUCGGUUUCUGGUUCAAAUAAAUAAAUUAAAAAGAUGAUAGAGUACGGGUCAAGAGAUAAAAACUAAAGGAAAGCUUGUCACAGACGUAGUUCAUGGUGAUUUUUGCAACAA